AUGACCAAGGUUCCUACGAUCAAGCUCUCAAAGGAUGUGAGCAUGCCGGUGUUUGGCUUGGGAACGUGGAAUUCACCUGCGGAUGAAGUUAAACUCGCAGUUCGUACUGCGCUAGAAGCUGGAUACCGUCAUAUCGACUGUGCCCUUGUAUAUGGAAAUGAGAAAGAAAUCGGGGAGGAGCUUGCUCAGUCAAUGAAGAAACUCAAUCUGAAGCGUGAAGACAUCUUUAUCACAACCAAGCUGUGGUGCACUCACUUUCGCAGGGAUCUCGUCCGUAAGUGUUGCGAAACUAGCCUAAAGAACCUACAAAUUCCAUACAUUGAUCUGUAUCUGGUGCACUGGCCAGUGGCGCUCAAGCCCGGCGAUGAAUUACUCCCAAGAACAGAAGACGGAUUUCAUUUCGCUCCUGAUAAGGUUCCGCUGCUGGAGACUUGGAAGGCAAUGGAAGAGUUGGUUACAGCCGGACUUGUAAAAACCAUCGGUGUGUCAAACUUCAAUCGCCGUCAGUUGGAUCUAAUACUGAAGAAUUGCAAUAUUAAGCCGGUCAACUUGCAAGUGGAGAUACAUGCCAAUUUUAUGAAUUCAAAGCUGGUUGACUAUGCACGCUCUAAAGGGUUGACGAUAACUGCUUACUCUCCAUUGGGAUCACCAGCCGCUGCUCCUGGUGAAGUUAACCUUCUCACGGAGCCAUGGGUAUGUGAAGUUGCCAAACGGUAUAACAAAUCCGCUGCACAAGUUUUGCUCCGCCUUCUACUGCAGCUCAACAUCGCCGUCGUGCCGAAAUCGGUCACUCCGUCACGCAUCAUCAGCAACUUCCAGGUAUUCGACUUCACUCUGAAGGAUGAAGAUGUGCAUACACUCAGCACAAAGGGAUUGAAUCAGCGUCAGCUAGUUUCCAAAGAGAUGGAACUGUCGGACGAGUACCCUUUCAAGGACGAAUUCUAAAUAGGACUUCAAACGGACCUACAUCAAGUGUUGGCAAUUCGACAAUCAGUAAUCAUAAUGUUUGUGAUAAUUCUAACUAUUGCACACUUUUGUCAUCAUAAUCCAGUAAAUAAAAUACGCAUACUUUAGUAUAUCUUUCUUUUUACACGGCUGGAAUGUUAUUAUGGGUGCUGAACUCACUUUCGGUAAUUUUACAGGGCAUACGGCCAGAUGAGGCAUGGAAGUGUGGGUGAAACCUUUCGAGGGACCACCCUACAUGGAAGCUGGUCCCAUGCAGACGGUUCCACUGUUGACCAUAUUACUUUACUUGCACAUUUGGAGUUGUCUGAAUUUAUUAUUCUAAGCAACAAUCUUUUUGAAUGCUUCAACCGAUCAACGAAACCCCUCCCAAAAUAGUUUGGAAAUGAUACUGAAAAACUCGAAAAUUUCAACUGUUCCGUGCGAUUCCGAAGUACAUAAGGAUCAGUGCAUUCAGUCACACAGUCUUGCAGAAUAGUGGAAUAUACCGUAUAUAUUUUUAUUUAUUUGAGUCAACAAGACAAAUUAAACGUCGAAUACACUCAAAUGUGAUUUGCAUACAUACCCCCUGUUCCUAAUUUGUCCGUUCACUUGGCCCACUACAAAUGGUCCGUAAGCAAUUGGUGUC